AUGGAACGAUACUUUAAUAGAAGGUUCGCAUCAACUACUUCUAGUUCGGAUAAUGUGGGUAGUUCGAGUUCGAGAGAUGUUGAUAUUUCUAGAGAUGUGGAUAUUUCUAGAGAUGUGGAUAGUUCAAAAGAAAGUGAGUUGCAAGAUAUCUUAGCUAAUCUUAUUGCAGACCCUGGACUUCGACCUCAAAUGUUGGAUUAUGAUCCUAACAUUAGAGACGAAGUUCGAAGAGCAUAUCUACAAAAGGGUCCAUGUCAGCCCAAGGAUCAUACAUUUCCACAAACUGAUCUUUCAGGGUAUGAUCGACGCUUUAAUGUCAAGUGGUUUGAUGAGUUUGACUGGUUGGAGUACAGUAUUAGUAAAGAUGCUGCAUUUUGCCUUUAUUGUUAUCUCUUCAAAUCCAAUUUCAGAAUUGGUCAAGGGUGUAGCGACGCCUUCACAGAGAUGAGUUUUAGGAAUUGGAAGAAGAAAGAUAAAAUUAGGCAACAUGUUGGACCUGUUGGAAGUGUUCAUAAUCAAUCUAGACAGUAUUGUGUGGAUCUUAUGAAUCAAAAGCAACACAUCCGAACAGCUUUGAUAAAGCAAUCAGAGCAAGCUCGUAUUGAUUAUCGUAUUUGCUUGACAGCUUCUCUUGAUUGUGUGAGAUUUUUAUUGAGGCAAGGUCUUCCUUUUCGUGGGCAUGAUGAGAGUGACACUUCAAGCAACAAGGGGAAUUAUUUAGAGCUCUUACAGUUUCUUGCUGAUCAUGAUGAGAAAGUGAAGGCCGUUGUGUUAGAAAAUGCUCCCGGGAAUCUCAAGUUAAUAGCUCCAACAAUUCAAAAAGAUCUUGUGAAUGCUUGUGCCACUGAAACUAUUAAGAAAAUCAUCAAGGAUAUGGAUGGUGCAUUCUUCUCUUUAUUAGUUGAUGAAUCACGUGAUGUGUCAGUAAAAGAACAGAUGGCGGUGGUGUUUCGUUAUGUGGACAAAAGUGGGGAUGUAAUUGAGAGGUUUGUGGGCAUUCAACAUGUUAGGGAUACUACAUCAAACUCACUCAAGGAGGCUAUUGACAUAUUGUUUGCAAGAGAGGAAUUGAGCAUUUCCAUGCUAAGAGGACAAGGAUAUGAUGGAGCUAGUAAUAUGAAGGGUGAGUUCAAUGGUCUUAAAACACAGAUUUUGAGAGAAAAUCCUUGUGCCUAUUAUAUUCAUUGUUUUGCACAUCAACUUCAAUUAGCUCUUGUGGCCGUGGCAAAGGGAAAUGCUGAUAUUGCCACUUUCUUCACAUCUUGCAAUAGCUUGGUUAAUAUUGUUGGAGCAUCGUGCAAGCGUCGUGACAUUCUUAGAGAUCAACUACAAAAGGAUGUUACGGAAGCUCUAGAAAAAGAUACUUUUCCAACAGGGCAAGGCUUAAAUCAAGAAACUUGUCUCAAGCGUCCCGGUGAUACACGUUGGAACUCACAUUAUGGUACAUUACUUAGUAUCAUUUCCAUGUUUAAAUCUGUGGUGAAAGUGCUCAAAUUUAUUAUUGAGGAUGGCUCCACUGAUAAUCUAGGUGAAGCAAAUAGGUCAUUGAGAGAAAUACAAUCUUUUGAGUUUGUAUUUCACCUAUUUUUCAUGAGAUCUAUAUUGGGAGCCACAAAUGACUUGUCACAAGCAUUACAGAGGAAAGACCAAGAUAUUGAGAAUGCAAUGACUUUAGUCAAAGUUUGCAAGGACCAACUACAACACAUGAGAGAGAAUGCAUUUGAAGCCUUGCUUGAUCAAGUAUCUUCCUUUUGUGCCAAACAUGAUAUCUUGGUUCCAAACAUGGAUGAUGCAUAUGCAGCUCAAUGGAGAUCACAUCGGAGAGCUCCUAUAAUAACACACCUCCAUCAUUAUCGUGUGGACAUCUUUAUUCAAAUCAUUGAGUGGCAACUUGCGGAAUUAAAUCGUCGCUUUAGUGAGGUAAAUACUGAGUUACUUCUUUGUUUGACAUGUUUGAGUCCAGAUGAUUCAUUCAUAGCUUUUGACAAACAAAAGCUACUUCGUUUUGCUGAAUUUUAUCCUCAAGAUUUUAAUUCCCGAGAUCUCUUGGCACUUGAAGAUCAACUUGAGAUUUAUAUUACUCAUAUGCGUACGAUGACUGAUUUUUCUCAAUUGAAAGGGAUUGGUAGCCUUGCAAGAAAAAUGGUGGAGAAAGGGUUGCAUAGAACAUAUAAUUAUGUUUAUUUGCUUCUCAGAUUAGCCUUAACUUUACCGGUUGCAACUGCUUCUGUGGAGAGAGCAUUUUCUGCUAUGAAUAUUGUGAAAGGUCCACUUCGCAACCGAAUGGGAGAUCAAUGGUUGAGUGAUAGUUUACUUGUUUAUAUUGAGAAAGAUGUGUUUGCUUGUAUUGAUAAUGAAACUAUAAUGCUACGUUUUCAGAAUAUGAAAACUCGUCGUGGACAAUUGUAA